GGAGAGGUGGCGGGCGUCAGGCGUUGCAUGGCCGCGCAGAGGCUGGUGACGGCAGCGGUGGUGGUAGCCCUGCUCUCACUUGUCCUGAAUAAUGUUGCAGCCUUCACCACAAGCUGGGUCCUUCAGACUCUGGAAGAUGGACGUAAGAGGAGUGUGGGACUGUGGAGAAUGUGCCCCACUGGAGGGGAGCGGGGUCGUGAUGACCUCCAGGCUGUCAGUAAAGUGCAAGGGACACAUAGGCAGUGUGAAAGCAUCGGAUGGGGAUCAGAGUACGCAGGCUACCAAGAAUCUCGCAGCACUGUUAAAUUGCAGUUUAACAUGAUGCGAGCGUGUAACCUGAUGGCGACAGUGGCCCUGACUGCCGGUCAGCUGAUCUUCCUUCUAGGCUUGAUGGAGCUGCCCUUCAUCACACAGGAAUCCCAGUGGUGGGAGGAGGCCAUUGCUGCACUCUUUCAACUAGCCAGUUUUGUGCUCGUCAUUGGGCUGGUGACCUUCUACAGAAUUGGACCCUACACACACCUGUCCUACUCCUGCUACGUGGACAUAACAGCUUGCCUACUGGCCACGAUUGCCGCAGCCAUGCUCAUCUGGAACAUUUUACACCGGCGAGAUGACUGCCUAACGCCUAGAGUUAUCAUCAUCAGUCGCUCACUGGCGUCACCUUUUAGCCCCCGUCUGGACAACGAGUACGUGGAGUCGCCUUGUUGAGCCUUGAUACGUCACAAGUAAAGCCAGCACGAAGUUACGGCCUGAAGUUACAAGACUGCUCUAAAUAACUCGCCUUUCACCCCAGCUGGAUUGAGACGCCUACGAGGAGAAGACGUGCUUGUGGCUCCACAAGAGCUGGACAAACUUUUAUCUGCUACACAACGUUCCUCCUUCUUCUGGCUGUAUAAAUAUAUCAGAUUUAUUUUGCUAUUUGAAACACGGGAGUCACAUAUUUAUGAAAUAAAUCUAAAGCAACCAAAAAGUUACAAACAUAUCUAUAUUGUAUGAUG